AAAAGUCAGAAGAACAGCAAAACAACACCGAAGUCUUGAAGUAUCUCUUAUGGCAGCAGAAGAGUGAAAAUAAGCGUAUACCACCCAAGUUUAUUGAGAACUUCAAUGGGCAAUCACUUCGCAAAUGUGCUCUUAGAGGCCCUAGUAGACAAUGGUGGGAUGUGAAAUUGGAAGAGAGCGAGAAUAGUUUGUUCUUCCGUGAUGGUUGGCAGGGUUUUGUGAAAGAUCAUGUUUUAGAAGUUGGGGAUCUUUUGAUUUUUAGUUACAAUGGCAAAUCAAAGUUUAUGAUCAAAAUCUAUGAUAGAAGUGCAUGCAAGAAGAAUGUCGAAGUAGCCGAGAGAAGAAGUGGUAGUCCAGUUUCUUUGGUGAACGAAGGAAUCAAGCUCAAGUGAAGGAUGAAAUUGUUGAGCUUGACACUGAAGACUGAAAACAAAACGAUCGAUUCUGACAGAAGAAGUUGCAAAUAUCCCAUUUCUGAAAAGAGGCCUGUAAGUUUUUGUGUACAAGAAACAUCAACUGGAUCCAUCUUGUUCAAAUCAGAGAAUCCAUGUUUCCUAGUUUGUUCGAGGAAGCAGCAUUUACUAUAUCGUGUGACAAUUCAGAAUAAACUAGCCGUAGCUGAAGGCCUUAUGAGGAGAGAUGCUGUCAUGCUUCAAGAUCCAACUGGGAGAUCAUGGCUUGUUGAACUUAGAGUGGAAUGCGUUAAUCGUUUGGACAUGGCAAUAGGUUGGACAGAAUGUCGUAAAGUGAACCAAAUUUCACCUGGGGACUCCAUUAUUUUUGAGCUUGUCAAGCAAGGUGUAAUGCAAAUUCAUAUUUUCAGAGGAGCAGUGGGAGGCAAUAGCUUGUCUGUGAUAACUGCUGCCCCUAAUGUUAAAAAUUAA